CCAGGGUCAUCUGAAUAAGCGCAUAUUUGGGGAUGCGAAUUAUGAGUGGGAUGUUCUCAGGGAUAAAACAGUUGGAGUGCAAACUGAAAUCGCUUGACGAACUUGAUUUCGAAGCUUUAAAGGAAAAAGCUAUUUGCUUACUAAAAUAUAAUCAACAGUUAGAAAAUAUUAUAUCAAAGCUUCAAAAACAAGAAAAUGAUGUCCUAAAAGUCAUCAAACCUUUCAUUUUUGACAGGUCAGUUUUCCGUCUCAAUCAUUUGGUAGGUAUAAGAAGCGCCAUAUUGCGCUAAAAGUAUCGUAUUUAGGCUGGAAUUACGGUGGAUUGGCUCCUCAAGGUUGUCUCGCACUAACCGUCAUGGACCGCGUUUUCGACGCACUGGAAAAAUCCAAACUCAUUGAAAAUAGGCACGUUUAAUUUUAUUUCAUUUCAACAGAAACGAGUGCAAUUUUUCAGUUUGUGGACGAACUGACAGAGGAGUUAGUGGGCUGUGCCAAGUUGUUUCUCUUGUUUCGCGUUCACUAAUAGAUAGAGGGGUCGGAAUUAUUGAAGAUUCUGGUUCUCGUAUCUCUGAGCGUCAGGAUGUUCCUGACAAAGAAAUGGACUACGUUUCUGCAUUGAACAGAAAUCUACCACGCGACAUCCGAGUCCUAGCCUGGUCUCCCGUCUCACCAGACUUUAGUGCAAGGUUUAUGUGUUGCAAAAGAUCUUACGAAUAUUAUUUCCCUGAAAGCGGUCUAGAUAUUAAAUCAAUGAUGGACGCGGGUAAUCGGCUCGUCGGAGUACAUGAUUUCAGGAACUUCUGUACUUCCCGAAUCGAAAAAGAUACUGUGACUUUCAUACGUGAAAUUUUCGAAGUGGUUAUAAGCGAUGUAGACUCGUGUGAUCAGCACUGCAAGUUAUGUCGCAUUAGCAUAUCGGCUUCGGGUUUCCUUUAUCACCAAAUACGGUAUGUUAUGUCCAUCUUGUUUAUGGUAGGAAGGGGUUAUGAAAGUCCAUCAGUUGUUGAUGACAUGUUGGAUUUGAGUAAGACUCCCGCUAAACCUCAUUAUCACCUUGCAGCUGACUUCCCGUUGUUAUUUAUUGCUGGCACCUACCCAGAAUCUUGUUUAAAUUGGGAAACAAGUAAAGCUGCUCAACUAGAUUUGGUCAAACAUUAUCAGAAAUUGUGGUCAGAAUACGGAAUCCGGUAGAAAUAUUGUACUUUUCUUUAAACGAUUUUUAUCCAAAUUAUUUCCAGAUCAGCUAUUGUCAGAAGAAUGUUGAAUUAUGUUGAAAGUACCAUUCCAAAUAGCUCACUAAUCAAUCAUCAUUUGGAUGAAAUAUCUCCAGAGGCUAAAUUUAUUAGCACUUUAGAACUGUCUAAUAAGAAAACUGUAAUUAAGAAGCUAUCUACAAGACAUGUGGAACUUACUGUGGAUGAGAAAAUCGAAAAUUUACGUAAAAAGAGGAAAAUAGACACGUGUACUUUGGAAAAACCCAUAGAAACAGAAUUUACUGAGCAGUGUACUUGAAAAUCUCCUUAAACAUGUAUUACAUUGAA